AUGUCCAAGGAGAAAGGUGAAACAAACCCAUCUCGGAUUACGGCCAAAGCUCGUCCAACGAUGAUACUCCUAGGGGAAGGUUCUCAAGUUGGACUCCCUUCUGGAAGUCCUUCGUCUAAUAGCGGCUUGCAAAUCCAAGGAUCGAAAGAAGUUGCAUCUCAUGGGAAAAAGCUGCGACAUUCUCAAGGUGUUCCCAGAAGUUCACAGGGGAAAAAUAUGCCUUCUUUAGCAACUGCCGCAGCAGCUAGUCCUUCCGAAAAAAAACCGGGUUCCGGUGAUUCAACUGACCGUGGAGGAAGACGUCGACGUGGUUGUCAGGGUUCUGGGGGACAAAACAAAAAGCCGCACGAUUCUGAUCCAAAUUUCAAAUCACAGGCUUCCCGUGGAAUGCCCGAAAAGGAAAAUCCCGCCAUGAACGCUAAAAAGCGUGAACGGGAUCACCCAAUGAGCCUGAAAGAUCUGCAACAGCUAUGUGAAGGCCAAGAUCCGGCGCCGAUUUUUGCAGUGGUCAACGAAAUGUCCGGAUUUCCGCUCGCCUUGCGAGACGAACGAUUGAAAGACCAUCCAGAAAGAAUUCGGUGCAUUUUGAAAGUGCUUUGCAAGGCAUUGACGUUGCAAGGGUUCGGACUCACGAUUGGAAACGCAAUUUCCCUGGCUUUGCACUCAAAGUUUCUCCAUUCCCUCUUGCAAUUUAAUUUGACAACGUUACCGUCAAUGUGCCGAUCGAAACCGAAGGAUGCGCGAGAUAUUUUGUGCACGGAAGUGGUAUUGUUUGAUGUUAUCAUUAGACUAUGCCCUGCUGAUGAAGCCAUGAAUGUCGAAGCGUGUGUCAACUCUGUUAGAAUGAUUGUCUUGGAUUUAGACGAUAAGUUGGGAGCGGAUGAGGCUCUAACCCUCACGAUGAAGCGUGUUCGAGAAAAUUUGGCAGACCUGCGAAGAAGUGUGCAAAUGCCUGAUCAUGCCAUCGAUAGAAAAGUUGCGGUGCAUGGUAGAAGUCAUUUGGAAGAAGCUCCUGAUGAUUUCCGCACUUCGCCUGUGCUUCCCUCUCUGGAGGACUUGUUGGGCAAAGAAGAGCCGUUUCUGCGUGCCAACAUCACGUCUGGGCGAUAUUUGAACGUGGAUCAUUACCUCGACGUGCAAUUCCGUCUCAUGAAGGAGGAUUUCGUGAGACCCUUGCGAGAAGGAGUAGCUGAGAUUCUGAAACGUAUUCAAAGCAAUGGUUGUAAUUUUGCAGCCUUUCGUAAUAUUCAAGAUGUCAGGAUUUACGAGAAAGGAGUCAUCACUGGCAAGUUUUUCGACCGAAUCGGCGUCACGCUUGAUCUCAAAUUCUCUUUGAAAAAUUUGAGUCGAGUGCGAUGGGAAAUCAGCAAGAGAUUGAUUUUUGGUUCCCUGCUCUGUUUGACAAAUGACAACUUUAAAACCGUGAUGUUUGCUUCCGUUGUGGAAAGAGAUGUGGAAAAAUUGAAACGCGGCAUCAUAAGAAUACUACCCGAAAGCGACCAAUUUGACUUGAAAGCGUGGACGAAUGUCCCAGAAUUUUUAGUCGUCGAGAGUGCUGCUUUCUUUGAGGCAUACAGACACGUCCUUUCUUCUUUACAAAGUAUUCGUUUGGAUCGAUAUCCUAUGAAAAAGUACAUUGUGGACCUCACAAAAGAAACUUCUGUACCAAGAUAUGUUUUGGAUCACUUCGGCGAAAAGUCGGGAGUAUUUCCCUUGACUCACAACGGCAAGGAACUGGUUGGGGAUCCGUUUUCUGAUCAAUGGCCGGAACCGGAGAGCCUUGGGCUUGAUGAAGGAGUCAAGUUACGACCUAUCUUGGUUGUUUGUUUCACGAAUCAUGCCCUGGAUCAGUUUCUGGAAGGCAUUAGUGCGUUCACGAAAAAGAUCCUGCGGAUCGGUGGACGUUCCAAGAGCAUUUUGCUAGAGCCAUUCACAGUUCGAACGGUGCGAAUGAACUCGAAGGGAAACGCUUUUCAAGUCAGCCGAGACAUUGGGCACCGUAUGCGGGAUCUUGAGCGAUUCUUGGGUGAACUGGAGGUCUUGAGAAAAGGAAUCUCAUCGGGAACUGGAGUCCUUACUGUUGAAGUUUUACGUCGCUUCGGGAUUGAUAUUCCCCCGUGUUUCUCUUCGGAUUUCAGUCUAGCCAAUUGGCUAGGUUUCAACCGAGAUUCCGAAAAUGUGUCGCAAAAAUUUUUAAACCAAAUUCUGGAAGAAGAGAAAAACCUUCUGCCCGCUGGAGUUGAGAUUGUGAACGACGACGAUGAGGACGUUGAAGAAGGGAAAAUCAGUGAAAUAGACCCCGUAGACUUUGAUUUAGAAGAUGAAGCUGCAGCUGAGAUGCAACGCCGGGAAGUUGAAUCCAUCAACGAUGCUGAUCGUAAGGUCAAGGGACUGAAUAAAGAACAGGCGAACGAAUGCAUGCGUCUUCAUUGCGAGAUUUCUGCUGGGGAACUUAAAAUUGCCAUCAAAAAGGCAGAGGAGGGCCUGAAGGAAGCAAAAAAGAAGGUCCCAAAGCCUAAGAAAAAUGCGCAAACGGAGGAAACUUUCACUCCCAUACCACCUUUAGAAGUGGUUCAAGAGUUGAGGGAAUGGAAUUCGCAGCUGGAAGAUUUGAAAAUGAAGAAGGCUGCUUUGGAAGCGUAUUCUGCGUUUCUCAAAUUACCGUCAAACUUAGGCUUGACCAAACCCCCUGAGGCAUCAGUCGGACACGAGAACAAUUGGCUCAACCUCCGCGUAAGAGGCAGGUGGUUGCUUUAUCGGUAUUGGGCAAACGAGUUUGUCCGUAUCCUGGGCGAAAAAAUUAUUGCCAAAAUGGAAGAGUACAAGACUAUGGUUGAAAGUUACAAGGAGGCCCAAGACGGGGCUUUGUUGCAGCAUACGCGGUCUUUGGAUGUUGUUGGGAUGACGACAACUGGCGCUGCUCGGAACAUACUAGUUGUGCAGAACAUGAACGCGAAAGUUCUGGUCAUCGAAGAAGCUGCGGAAGUUCUGGAAUCGCAUGUUGUGUGCUGCCUGUCUACUCACUGCGAACACCUGAUCCAGAUCGGGGAUCAACAGCAAUUGAGACCUUCGACCACAGUGUAUAAGCUUGCUAAGAACUAUGGUCUGGACGUUUCGCUGUUCGAAAGAAUGGUGAAAAACGGCGUGCCGUACGAACGUCUCCGACAGCAACAUAGAAUGCGACCAGAAAUUUCAAAUUUGAUCAAACAGAAUAUCUAUGAAGAUUUGCAAGAUCACGAAAGUGUCACGUUGUACGAUGAUGUUCUUGGCGUUGACAAAAACGUGUUUUUCGUCACACACCACUCCACUGAAGAUUCAAACGAGGAUCUGAAAAGCAAGAGCAACGUGGUGGAGGCGGAAUUUCUGCUGGCAUUGUGUAGGUACCUUUUGUUGCAAGGGUAUACGCAUGAACAAAUCACUAUCCUGACGGGUUACUCGGGACAGCUUUUCAUCUUCAAAAAGUUGAUCUCCGGAUACCCUAUGUGUGCAAAGGUUCGAAUAACAUUGGUCGACAAUUAUCAAGGCGAAGAAAACGAUAUUAUACUGCUUUCACUCGUGAGAAGCAACGUGGAAGGAAACAUCGGGUUUCUGAAGACGGACAACCGAGUGAACGUUGCUUUAUCGCGAGCAAAGCAAGGACUAUUCAUUGUUGGAAACCUGGAUGUGUUGAGUUCAGCGAGCCAGUUAUGGAGGAACAUAAAGAAUGUAUUGUCGAAGGAAAACCAGAUCGGGAAAGCAUUGCUGCUGCGUUGUCAGAAUCACCCAGAUCAGCUUGCUUCCGUUUUCAAACCGAGUGAAUUUCCGGUCAGCGGGGGUUGCAACAAAAUUUGUAACGGAUUGAUUGACGCAUGCGGCCAUUUGUGCGAACGACUUUGUCACGUGGUGGACAAGCAUCACACAACGAAAGAAUAUUCCUGCAGACGACCGUGUGAAAGACGAUGUCCAGAGAUUGAAGGUCAUCAGUGCAGAUCCGUAUGUGGGAAAAUGCCUUGUCCCCCGUGUAAGGAGAUUGUUCAUCGGGAACUGGUUCCAUGCGGUCAUUGGCAAUAUGUGAAGUGUUUCGAAAAUCUCGCUGAGGUGAAAUGCGAAACGGGGUGUUUUGCAAGACUGGAAUGUGGGCAUGCGUGUGAAGGAUAUUGUCACGUCACGAAUGAUCCGGACCACCUUUUGUUCAAGUGUUUAAAGCCCUGUGGAAUGACGUGUCCAAGGGAUCAUCCGUGCAAAGCCCAGUGUUGCCAAUCUCCAUGUCCUGAAUGCCGUGAGCUUGUCGACUUGACACUGACAUGCGGCCAUGUCAUCAAAGCUCAUUGUUACCUGCGACCAGAUCAGGUCCAAUGUAGGGCUAAGUGUGCAAGAACUUUACCGUGCGGUCACCAUUGCCUAAAGAAUUGCAAUGAAUCAUGUGGGAACUGUUUCGUGAAAGUCAAGAAAAUUAUUCCUGACUGCUCACACUCCGUGACGGUGCAUUGCUGCAAAGUUCCAGAAAACGCAGAUUGCCAAAAGCAGUGCGAGAAACUUUUGCCUUGCGGACACAGGUGUGCAGAAAAGUGUUCUCGCGACUGCACCACUAGCUGUGGUGUUUUGAUGAAUGUCGGAAAGAUCGGAAAAUGUGGGCAUCAACUCAGACUACCCUGUCACAUCAUUGCCAGUGGCCAAAUCGUAUCCGUUGAAGAUGGACUCGAGUACUGCGAUCAUCCUUGUGGGGCACUUCUGGCAUGUGGUCACACUUGUGUCGGAAAGUGUUCUGACUGUCUACAAGGCAGGAUUCAUAUGCCGUGUGAAGAGCCUUGCGGACGACAGCUUGUUUGUGGGCAUGUUUGCAAGGUUGCGUGUAGUUUCAACUGUCCGCCUUGCAAAGAACCGUGUGAAAAUUCCUGUCCUCAUUCUGCGUGCUCAAAGCUGUGUGGGGAACCGUGUUCUCCUUGUUUGGAAAAAUGUGAGAGCGGUUGUGCACACAAGCCGUGCAAACUGAAAUGCUCACAGGACUGUGGCCGAGGCGACGAAAAAUGUGACGAACCUUGUGAAAAAGAUCUUCCUUGUGAGCACAAAUGCGUUGGGAUUUGCGGAGAAAUUUGCCCCCCGUGUCGAAAAUGCUCUGGAGACGAAGUGGAGUUCUUCGACUGUAUUAUGAAUGACGUUAGCAAUGAACCGGAUGAAAGAUUUCUCGUUCUUCCGAAAUGCGGACACGUCAUUGAAGUUGCCGGCUUGGACCAGUGGAUGCGAAUGCCAUUAGACAUAAUCGGACCAAGGGUUUGUCCGCGUUGCAAAACUCCUAUUUUCUCCUCUCGACGAUACAAGGAUGAGGUUAAUGCUGCCCUCAAAAAUGUGAUCGCUGUUAAAGAAAGAAUUUUCGGCAAGAAUGAUGAUAUCAAGAAGAUCCUGGAGAAAUUGAUCGAUAAAGCUGACACUUCGUCUGGGAAGAUGAUCCAGGAAGCGUUUUCGCGAGAGAAAAUCUUCGAUCGGAUUCACGACGAAAUUGUGUACCAUACCGUGAAAGAUCCAACUAGGAAGAAACCGCCUGUACGGAAGUUCAGAAGGCUGGACGCAAUGAAAUUGAACAGUAUUUCCAACCGUUUCGAUCUUCUGAAAACUCUUGCCGCUUUGAUUUUGAAAUGUCAACGGGACGCUUCUCUUUUGCCUACUUUCAAAAAAGGGUUCGAUUUGAAGCUUCGUAAGUUUGCAGAAUUGGUGAUGGCGAAAAAAGACCACUUGAAUGAUUCGACAUUGAAAGCUAUUUCGGCUGAGUUCCAGCGUCUCCGUUACUUUCCGCUUCUGGAAUUAAUGCUGCAAAACUAUCCUUCAUCCGAGCUGGUUUCUCAAGUCAAGGCUAUUUUGUACGACAUCGGUUGUUUCACGGAUGAUAAGGAAGCGGAAAUGAAAAGAUUACUCAAAGACGCUGAGCAUUUCGUCGUAGAAAUGAAUCUUGAAGAAGAACGGCUGACUCUGAAUGCGAUUCGCUGUCAAGGGGGUAGUUGGAACACAUGCUCCAACGGACAUGCUUAUAUUAUUGGCGAUUGCGGAGCGCCGAAUCAGUCGUCACGGUGUCCCGACUGCCGCGAAGGCAUUGGUGGUCGUGGCACUGCUCUGCGAAUGAGGGAACCCCCCACUAGUAUUACUGGGGUGGUUUCUACCUGGUCUCAAUCCUUCAAUAACAUGACGAAUUUCAACGCGAACGAUACCGAAUAGAAAAUUUGAAUCCGAAAUCUUGAAAAUCUCCAAUGAAAGCGUGGUGUUGUAACUUUACGCGCAUCUGAAGCUUUGCAGAAGAAAAAGUUGGAAUGUACGGUUUUGGCGUUGUUUCUCUCUCAUAUCGUGCCGUGGCCGUGAAAAAAAGACUGUGUUUUGAUGUAAUCGUGACUGUGUAUCGAGCGCUUGAUUGCGAGGGAUGUCGGGAUUCUCGUGCGCAGACCGAUUUUACACUUCUUCUAGUACUGUAUUACAGUUGACAGCAAAAUUAUCGCCAUUUCAAUUAAUGCAUCUGGUCAUACCAAGGAUUUUUUGUUAGUCACUUCCGUGAAAAGUUUUUACCUGUACAGUACUUUUUAAAAUCAUGGAUUAGAUGAAGAAUGGAGAUGAAAUUGAAAUUUUCAAUUGUUGGCAUGAUGCAAGCAAGUGAUAGAAUCUACCGAAAAUAAAUCUCUUAUUCUGAUCCUCAUAAGUUCGGAAAAGGAUUUUGAUGCUCCGUUAUAUGGUGAUCCUGAGUUUGAAGAUGAAUCUGUGCCACGAUAAGCAAUGGUGGGAUUCUUUUAUUUUUAACCCAGAGAGCUGAUGAAUAUUUUCAAACCAGUCGAUCUGUGUGGGAAUAUACGUUGAAAAGUCAAGGAGAAUGCAUUAGACUGGAGCAUACCAUUUUUGAACUACUGUUCGAACGAUUUUCAAGAUGCGAUUUUAAUAUCGGACAACCCUUUCUCGGUGCAAAGCUUCAAAACAUGUUAGGCUUUUUUUUUUAUUCCAGAUUUCACUUGAAUCGAAAAUUCUGCCUGAAGAAUUCAAAAGUGUGUAAAUAUGUCUGAUGAGAAAAAUGAUCAAGUGAUUUGGCUUAUUGCUUUACGAAUGAAAUUUUUCUCAAUGAAACUGAUUGCCUUGCGGAAAUUUCAUGGCAAUGUGCGUGUGAUUGCAAUAUUGUUUUUUUCAGUAAGAUCAAAUAUUUGUCAAAAAACGCUGAAUUCUGGUUUUCUUAAUUUUUUUCAAUCGUCCGCGCAGUUUCGCCGCUAUGUUUUCUGAGUCUCAGAAAUCUGAAAAAUCUUAGUUCAACGAUUUCUUUUAUCGGUCCGUGAAUGACGACUUCGUUUGUGACGUGGUGCUGCUGUGUUCGUUUUGUAUGAAGGUAAGAAAAAUGGAAGUGAAGUCUUCGGUAUCUGAAAAUUUCAUCGCGAAACUAUUCGGCUUGCUGAUUUUUGUUCUGGUGAUGAAUAAAUUCUUGAGUUGAUUCAUAUGCAGGCCGUUGGUGUUGAA